AUACUUCAGCUAAUUAUAUAGUUUAAUGAAGAAAGUGAGAAGAAAGAAGAAUUGAGUGAAGAUGAGGAGAAAUAUCAUGCCAGAACUGGAGUAAAACCUUUGAGUUGCUCUCAGACCAAACAGAAAGAUUUAAAGAAAAGAGCCAAUAAAUCUUUCACCUGUCCUGUAUGUGGAAAGAGUUUGAUAAAAAAUAGUCUUGUGCUUCACAUGAGAGGUCACACUGGAGAGAAACCUUUCACUUGUGGUCAGUGCGGGAAGAGAUUCACACAAUCAGCAACCCUUAAGUAUCACAUGAACAUCCACACUAAAGAGAAACCUUAUAAGUGUUCACACUGUGACAAGAGAUUCAUUCAGUCAGUAGACCUGAAAUCACAUGAGAGGAUCCACACUGGAGAGAAACCUUACACGUGUUCACACUGUGACAAGAGAUUCAGUCAGUCAUCUCAUCUGAAAACACAUGAGAGGAUCCACACAAGAGAAAAACCGUACAAGUGUUCACACUGUAACAAGAGAUUCAGUCAGUCAUCACAGCUAAAAACGCAUGAAAGGAUUCACACUGGAGAGAAACAGUACAAGUGUUCACACUGUGACAAGAGAUUCAGUCAGUCAUCACAUUUGAAAACGCACGAAAGGAUUCACACUAGAGAUAAACAGUACAAGUGUUCACACUGUGACAAGAGAUUCAAUCAGUCAGGACAUAUGAAAACACAUGAAAGGAUCCACACUGGAGAGAAACCUUUUAAGUGUUCACAUUGUAACAAGAGAUUCAGUCAGUCAGGAGACCUGAAAACACAUGAGAUGGUCCACACUGGAGAGAAACCUUAUAAGUGUUCACUCUGUAACAAGAGAUUCAGUCAUUCAUCACAUCUGAAAAUACAUGAGAGGAUCCACACUGGAGAAAAACUGUACACAUGUGAUCAGUGCGGGAAGAGUUUCGCACGAUCAUUAAGCCUUAAGAGACACAUGAAGAUCCACACUGGCGAGAAACCUUAUGAGUGUUCACACUGUGACAAGAGAUUUAGUCAGUCAUCAAGUCUGAAAACACAUGAGAGGAUCCACACUGGAGAAAAACCUUACAAUUGUGAUCAGUGCGGGAAGAGUUUCACAAGAUUAUUAAGCCUUAAGAAACACAUGAACAUCCACACUGGAGAGAAACCUUUUAAGUGUUCACACUGUGACAAGAGAUUCAGUUGGCCAGGAGACCUGAAAACACACGAGAGGGUCCACACUGGAGAGAAACCGUAUCACUGCACUGCAUGUGGGAAGUGUUUCAAACAUUCAUCUUCUUUACACAGUCAUACAAAAAACUAUCACAGUAAGUAUUCAAGAUUCAGCUGAGAUUCUGAUCAAACCAAUGUUAUUGAACUGUAUGUGUGACUGUGGGACUGAGAGACAAUAUGAGAGCUGACAUUAUCAAGUAUGUUACCGACACUGCAACAAAACAAAAACACGUCUUGUUCAAAGUCCAAAAGCAUUCACUGUGUGAUUAAGUCUAUUA